CACAAAGUGACAGAAGGCAUCAGCUCCCUGAAACAGAACCAAAAAGAACCUCCAAUAAACAGUGGUGGUUCUUGAUGUAGAUGAUAGUGAUGGCUGCCCAGGACAGGACAGGACGGGACAUCUCAAGGACUGGAGAGUUAGCUCUCUGAUCUAAACCAACCACUGCAGCUCUGGCUGUAUCUUAUGGUCUUUGUCCUUCUCGAAGGUAAACCUCCACCCCAGUCUCAAAUCUUUUGCUGCCUCCAUCCAUCUUCCCAUCAACUCUGACCAGUCUCUUGAUACCUGCUAACAAAAGCAUCCCACAGCAUUAUGCCCACUAAACUAUGCUUCACCCUGGAGAUGGUGUGUUCAUAGUUGUGUGCGAUGCUGCUUUUUCUGCCACACAGAUCAUGUUCCAACAAGUUCCAGUUUGAACUCAAUUUCAAGCAACCUUGUUUCAGUCUAUCAUAUAAAAUCCUAAUAACUUAAUUUAGAGUUUUGCAACCUUAACAUGACAAAAACAAAGAUGUUUAAGGGGUGUGAAUAUUUUUUCAAGGCACUGUUUAAGGCCAAGACUAAAUAACCUCUUACAGUUUAUAGUUUGUAAAUUAUUAUUUUUUUUUAAUUAUUGAAAAAAACAUUUUUUUUCAAUAAUUAACAUUUUUAGGUCUUAACAUUAUACAGUCAGGGAUCUUCUGCCACCUGGACAGGCUGCAUAGUUUUGAAAUAGGGUGACCUAUGACCCAUCCAUGCCUUUAAGAAUAAACCUAUAGUAAGUGAUUGUCUCAUAUUUGAUUGAAGCAUACACUCGCCGGUUCCCAGGUCAAGACCUGAUGGUGGAAUCUUCCACUCUGAUGUUUUUAGGAUAUUUUAUACACUUUGCCCUGUUGUUGAAUGUUCGAAAGCCAGUUUUUAAAAUGUUGUUGGUAGAUUUAAUUGUUUUCAUUUUACUUGAAAUGAAGUGAAUCAGUCAACAAAAUGAUUUCAUUUGUACUUGUGUUUGGCAAAAAAAAGUAAUUAUUGAACAGUUUUUAUUUCAGAAUAAGUUUUUAUAAUGAUUGCGGACGGUAAAGUUAUUUUGUGGAUAUUUGUGUUAAAAUAUUAAAGGGUUAAAAAAUUGUUGAAAAGCUCUCCGAUGAGAUUUUGCUACUCAGAUGGGUUGUUUUCCUCUCAGUCCCGGCAGUUUUGAUUGAAUUAUGUUCACAGCACCAUUUGCAUGUACAAACAAAUUAAAAAGAGCAACAAUGGAUUCUCCUCAGAGUCUCAGCUUGGAUAAAAACAGAGUUUGCAAAUGUUCCCACACACACCCAGGGUCGAAAGGUUACACGACACACACGCAGUUUGACCACAAUACACACACACACACACACACACACACAGUUUGACCACAAUUUGGUCAAACCUAAAUUUGCAUCGACAUAUACCACUUCCAUACUGAAAAACCAACCUGAAGCCACAUCCUGAACCUCUUUCCUUCUCCCAUGUCUUCUCCUCAUCUCUCCUUUAGACCCCCCCAAUCACUUAAACACCUGACCAUCAACCCCCUUCCUACACCUCUAUCUAUUCUCUGAUUGGCUGGCUGCACUGGUCAGUCACACAGGUGAAGAGAGUUCUGGUUUGGGGUUGCGGACAGGUCUGUCCUCAGCUUCAGACGUUGGUUUCAGGCAGAGUGACGGUUUUAGGUUUUGGGGUUUAUUUGGGUUUCAGCCUCUCUGACCGCCACCAACACCAGUCUGCAGCACGCACCAAACACAAGGUGAGUACCUGCACAUGCACUCACUCAUAUUCAUCAAAAAGAAGGUGGUAGCCUCAAUGCAAACAAAAUAAUAUUUAAAACAUUUAUUUUUUUAACUGAAAAGCGAAAACAAUCAAUUUGUUUAAUUUGCACAAGUUGAGCAAAUAUAAAAAGUGUGAAUUAAGCAAAUCUGAACUGAUGUGAGUUAUAAAAAUUUUAAAAAGAACAAACUAAAUCUCUCAUCUUUUCCAACAGAACAAGUCUAAUAAAUUGUAUAAUCUAUAUUUUAGUUUUUCUUUUGUUUACUCAUCACUUUCUGGGCUAAACAAUAUCAGAUUCUGCAAAAAAGAUGGAUUUACUUUUCCCUCAUUACCUGCACUUGUAAAGUAAUGGUAAAAGAUAAACACAUUAAUUCACUUUAUCUGGAAAAUUUAAAAACAAUCCCCAAAGUUCCCAAAAUGAACAUUUGAUGUCUUUUGUAACUUUUAACCCAAAACAAAUGAGUUUACUAUCAAAGUCGUGGCUAAUCUGUCCACCUGCUUUUUGACAAAACAUAUUAUUAUUGGAAUAAAUGUUAUACUUCCAAACUGUUGCGUGAUCACUUGUAACACCUGUAUUAGUUGAAUCCGUAACUUCUGUUAGUGUAACAGUGAGAAAAGGAAAAGUCUAGUAAGAACAGAACCAUCACUGAUCUUGGGUUUCCCCGUUUAUAUUGAUUUACACAAAGCUGUGACUUAAACACCAGAUAACCAACACUACUAUCGCAUCAUGUAUCAAAGUGUUUAGAUCUGUGAUAGCAUUAACCAGAAUGUCGCCCAGUUUGAUUAAUGUUGCUUUUUUUAUUUGUUCAACAGGUUCUCAUGGCUUCAAACAGUCUGUUCAGCAGCACCAGCCCCAUACUGUACCGGGGAACUGUGGGGAAAUGUCGGCAGGUUCCGUCCCCUAAACUUCAACAACCGGAUGAGCAGGAAGGGAGUAUUCCAUUGCAGCAACACGACACCGCAUCCCAAAGAGGCCUAGUACCCACCGACAGCCCAAACUUCCUCUGCAGCAUUCUGCCGCGGCAUUGGAGAUGUAACAAAACCCUGCCAAGAGCUUUCACAGUAGUCGCACUGGGUAAUGAUGUGCCAGACGGUGUGGUUGUGACAGUGAUGGCUGGCAAUGAUGACAAUUGCAGCGCCGAGCUACGCAAUGCCACAGCAACAAUGAAGCAAGGUUAUGCCCAUUUCAACGAUCUCCGCUUCAUAGGUCGCAGUGGAAGAGGUAAAACCUUUACCCUGUCAAUUAAUGUUCUGACCUCACCUCCUCAAGUAGCCACGGUACACAGAGCCAUUAAGAUUACUGUGGAUGGACCUCGACUGCCAAGACGUCAGAGACAGAAAGAGCUGAAAUCAGGAAUAUUCCGGACUCCCAGCAGCAUCAGCAGUACUACCCCAUUAGACUGCAGAUCCUUUUCCUCCUCUUUGUGGACCAAUGAGCCAUCACUUCUUGGUCAGGUGACAUCUCUGACAUCCUCCUUCACUCCAGCUCCUAGACUGCAUCAUCUGCCCACUGUGCCCUUCUCCACCCAGUCUCCUCCAUAUAACUCCUACUUGUCCUCUGCUCCUCAUGUUCCCCCUCUGAGGAGCCAUAGUGGUCCAUUCCAGGCAGGCAGUUUCUACUACGGAUCAAACCAACCACUCCAAAACACAGGGGAGGACCGCAACAUUGUUGCACCUAUGUUCAAUUACAUAGAAGGGUCAUAUCUUACCAUGAGAAGUGAGGAGCCUGUCUGGAGACCUUACUGAUGAC